UUUUUGUCUGGGAAAUAAAUGGGGUUUUUCAGAAUGGCAGAGCAGAAGAAGCAACAAAUGGGAUCUAAAAAAGUGAAUCAACUUCGUCCAUUGGAUAAUGGGGUAAAUAUAACUGUUAAGGUUAUAAGUAAGAAGUUAAUUGCACAGAGAAAUCGUCUUGCUGAAUGUUUGGUUGGUGAUGAAACUGGUAUUAUUAUACUCACUGCCCGCAAUGAUCAAGUGGAUUUAAUUCAAGAAGGCUCAACACUAGUCCUGACAAAAGCUAAAGUCGACAUGUUCAAAGGAUCGAUGAGGCUUGCUGUUGAUAGAUUUGGCCGUAUUGAAGUUGGUGCACCUGCCAGUUUUUCGGUGGCGCAAGAUAUUAACAUGUCCUUGAUUGAGUUCGAACGUGUAGACGUUGUUGUGUAAGCACCAAUUGCCUUCUGCUGAAGGGAACAAAAGCCUCGAUUAAAUAGC